CUGGAGCACGCAGAUCAUCACUUGCAGGCCAGCGACGGAGCGGGUUGUUCCAGGGUCACUCUCACCGAAAGCUACCCCCGUCACACAAGAAUCCGCGGCCACUGCAUCUGGCAAAAAUGAUCGACGACGCUGCCCUGCCCGUGUCGGAAUUCAAGGUUUGGGACUGUGCCAGGGAAAGGUCGGAGAAAAUCCAGGCCACCUCGCUCAACGACCUGAUUAUCAGGGCUUCUGAAGCUCUAGGGAUGCCGGUGGCCCGCGUGUGUCUCGAGCAGGACGGCACUGAAGUGGACGAGGAGGAAUAUUUCGGCAUGUUGGAGAAAGACACUCCGCUGAUGGUUCUGGAAGAGGGCGACCGCUGGAUGCCAUCAUCCGCUAAGUACCAACUGGUGAUGGACAAGGAGAAGGGUGGCUCGGAGCGGCCCAACAUUUUCAUGGACGACGUCGAGAUCCUGGGCAACAUGGACCCCGACUUCUUCAACGACAUCGUGCCCGACAAGCUGUUCCUGGAGGUGGUGCGCGAAUCGUGCCGCGCGACGUCCGCCGUGCAAAACGCAGCUCAACAGCGAGAGGCCGUCAACUGAACCGCCAACUUGUGAUAUACAUAAAUUUUUACACCACACACAGCAGACAACUCGAAAAAAAAAACAACAACUCAAUAUUAUAUAUAUAAAAUAACCACACACACAAGCAUGCAUUUAAGAAAAAAAAAAAAAUCAACUGAAUGAGAGUUUUAAGACGAACAUAUAUAAAAAUAGUUAAAGAUCAUCCGAAGGGAGUGAAAAAUAAUUAGUGUAAUAAGUCGAAACUUAGCGCCGCGCAGUGUAAAGAGCAGGAUUUAAUAAUUAAUAGGCGGCGGCCAGAGUAGAUUUUUUAUCAUCGCGCCUGGUUCAUUGAUAAACCUACCGGAUUUCUAUGAAGUUUUACACGCAAACAGACACACACACACGCAAAAUGCUCACAGGUGUGGAGAUUUUUUAUAGACAGUGGAGGAGGACAUUCGGGAAAGGCACUACUGAAAAAAUCUCAAUACUUCUAAAAUGCCAUAAUACACGGUUUUAGCUGUAAAAGUAAAAAUUUUAUGCUGGAAAAGAUGCAGCAAAAAUCAACAGCAAUUUUAACCACAUAAUUCAAUUAAUUUAGAUGCAAAAAGUAGUUAGUCGGAUAUAAUAAAUAAAAAAUUGUGUUACUUAAUCAAGGUAUUAAAGUCGAAGCUGCUAAAAUAUUUUAAUCUAAUCAAUGGUAAUAAAAAACUUUUAAAAAUGUAGUUUCUUAAAAUAAUUAUGGAAGCAUUUAUAGAAACAAGGAAUAAAAUUGCUUGAACUAAAUCAGAACGUAGGAACAAAUUUUGUAAAUCUGAUGUUUACUGCUAAAAUCAAUUGAAAUUUCCGUGUCUACUUAAUUCCAAUCGGAUUUGUUAAAUAAUGGAUUAAAGUCAUUUUUAACAUAAGCUGUUUUUGUUGAAUAAUUAAAUUUGUUUGCUUUAAUCAAACAUUAAUUUUGGAGAGAACAAAAAUGUGAAUUCAUUGUGAAAAUUGCAAAUUAACAAUUAAUGUGGACUUUUUACGCCCAUUGACCCAUGUGAUGUGAAAAACCAAAUAUAUUAGGAAUUUAGUGGCAACAGAAAAUAUUCCUCUUGUGAUUUACUUACAA